GCCGCGCUCCCGGUGCCGCGGCGGCGGAGGAGGAGGAGGAGGAGGAGCAGGGAAAGCAGGGAAAAGCCAUGGACAGCGCCGGCAAGGAGCGGGAGGCCGUGCAGCUGAUGGCGGAGGCCGAGAAGCGGGUCAAGGGCUCGCACUCCUUCCUGCGGGGGCUCUUCGGGGGCAACACCCGGGUGGAGGAGGCCUGUGAGAUGUACACCAGGGCUGCCAACAUGUUCAAGAUCGCCAAAAACUGGAGUGCGGCAGGAAAUGCCUUUUGCCAGGCAGCCAAGCUGCACAUGCAGCUCCAGAGCAAGCACGACUCAGCCACCAGCUUUGUGGAUGCAGGGAAUGCCUACAAAAAAGCAGAUCCACAGGGUAAGGCAGCAGCAUUUGGGAUUGGCCGCUUCACCAUCGCCGCCAAGCACCACAUCACCAUCGCCGAGAUCUACGAGGCCGAGCUGGUGGACAUCGAGAAGGCCAUCGCCCACUACGAGCAGGCCGCCGACUAUUACAAGGGAGAGGAAUCCAACAGCUCGGCCAACAAGUGUCUGCUGAAGGUGGCGGCGUACGCGGCGCAGCUGGAGCAGUACCAGAAAGCCAUCGAGAUCUACGAGCAGGUGGGAACAAACACGAUGGAUAACCCUCUGCUCAAGUACAGCGCCAAGGAAUAUUUCUUCAAAGCUGCCCUGUGCCACUUCAUCGUGGAUGAGCUGAAUGCCAAGCUUGCUCUGGAGAAAUAUGAAGAGAUGUUCCCAGCUUUCACAGAUUCCCGGGAAUGCAAGCUAUUGAAAAAACUGCUGGAAGCUCAUGAGGAGCAGAACAGUGAGGCCUACACUGAGGCAGUGAAGGAAUUCGACUCCAUCUCUCGGCUGGAUCAGUGGCUCACCACGAUGCUGCUGCGCAUCAAGAAAACCAUCCAGGGCGAGGGCGACGGCGACCUCAAGUGACGCCCGCGGGUCCCUCCCGCCUCCCGCCGAGGACUUUUCGGGAAUUCCCGACCCGACCCCGCGCUUUCUUUGGUCGCUUCCUGUGUUUCUUUAGCCCCCCCCCGCGCUCUGUGGUGACGGAUGCCAGGCGGGAGAAGCCCUCGGAGAGGAAUUCCUCCUCCUCCUCCUCCUCCUCCUCCUCCUCCUGCUGCUGCUGCUGCUGGGGUUUGGUCCCGCCCAUCCCGGCGCCUGCACUCGCAGCUCCCGGUUUUCCUGCUCCUCCGUGGAUUCCAGCAUGUCAAUAUUCCAUCCGGGCGCUUCCAGCCCCUCGUGUUCCCACCUUGCCGUUCUCCAGCGUUGGAUUUGGGGGGGGUGUCUGGAAGUGGUGCUAGCCAGAGGCUUUGGGAAUUGGGAAUAUCCUGCGUUCCAGGAGCACCCGGGUCCUGCUUCCACCUUUCUCGGAUUGAUUCUCCGCUUUAGUUCAUCCCUCCACUUCCCAAAUUAUUCCACCUAAGGAAGGAUCUGGUUCUGUAUGUCACCCUCCACAUGUGCCAGGCACAAUCCCUAAAUUCUGACCCCUGGAUCCCACGGGAGCAUCGUUGGAAUUUUGGGUGGCAGGGGGGCACAGUUUGCUUGGGAAGAGUUGAGAAAUUCCUGCAGGAAUUGGUGGAGGUGUGGCUCAGGAGAGAGGAUUGAGCUGCCUGGUUUUUCAGGGAGUUUGUGCAAUGUGUGCACCCUUUGGGAAGAGUGAAGUGGUUCACUAAGGGCUGUUCUGGAGGCUCCAGGCAGCCCCAGCCCCUCUUUCCUCUGGGGAAAGUCAGGUUGGAAUGUUGGGCUUUGGAUAGAGCUUGGCUCGUUGGGCUCUGAAGUUCUGAAAACCAAAAAUCCCCAUCCAUGCCAAAUUCUCCUUGGUUCGGUGUUUUCCCAAUCUCUUUUAUUUCCCACAGCUCCUUGUGUUCAUCCCAAAGAGAGGGAAAAGCCUGGGAUUGGGAGGAGGGGGGGAUCUCCCAGCCCCCUCCAUUCCCCCCCUCAGGAAUGGCUCUGUGUGGGAGCUGGGAUGGGGGAGGCUCCGCUUUCCCCGCUGUUUUUUCCGUUCUGUUGCCCUCCCCCGUGUCUCUGCUGUAGGACAGGAGGAGCAGGAGGGCUGUUACUCCAUCCCUACACCUGGUAGUUGUGUGUGAGUAGCUCCAGCAUGUCCUCUGCUGUACCCAUGGUGAAUUGUGACGGUUCCCAGGUGACAAUUCCGCCACUCCCGCUGUAUCCCCGCCCCACUUCCAUCACUCUCUACUCGGAAAACUCAUUUAAGGAAAUGGCCUUAGCAAGAAUAUCAUGUUUGGUGUGACUCUGUACAUGAAUAAAGUGAAAAUCAUGGA